CGGCCCACGGGAUUUCGGGUGAACCAGUCGCUGAUGGGGGACCCCCCCUCCUAAAUCCCCCCCCACUGUUGCCUAGGCAACGGCUUGGCCACUUCCGUCGGGUGCUCCGCUCCGCUUCCGGGUCGGCGUUGCGGUGUCUUCGCCCGCAAGAAUCUCCCGUUCCGUCUCCCGCCCCGUCUCCGGUCCCGUCGUGGACGGAUGAACCCGAGCCGCAACCAGAGACCACUCUAAGUCAUGAGAUGUCUGGGCUGAAUUGGAAACCCUUUGUCUAUGGCGGCCUUGCUUCUAUUGUCGCAGAGUUUGGAACCUUUCCGGUGGAUCUCACCAAAACACGCCUUCAGGUUCAAGGCCAAACCAUCGAUGCUCGCUUUAAAGAGAUAAAAUAUAAAGGAAUGUUCCAUGCCUUAUUCCGGAUCUAUAAAGAAGAAGGUAUUCUGGCCCUGUAUUCUGGAAUCGCUCCUGCUUUACUAAGACAGGCAUCCUAUGGCACCAUCAAGAUCGGCAUCUAUCAGAGCUUGAAGCGUCUGUUUGUAGAUCGUUUAGAAGAUGAAACCCUUCUAAUUAAUAUGAUCUGUGGGGUGGUGUCUGGGGUGAUAUCGUCCACUAUAGCCAACCCCACUGAUGUGUUGAAGAUUCGAAUGCAGGCCCAAGGAAGCUUGUUCCAAGGGGGCAUGAUUGGCAGCUUCAUCGAUAUAUACCAGCAAGAAGGCACAAGGGGUCUGUGGAGGGGUGUGGUCCCGACCGCUCAGCGUGCUGCCAUCGUUGUGGGAGUGGAGCUGCCGGUCUAUGACAUUACCAAAAAGCACUUAAUAUUGUCAGGGCUGCUGGGAGACACAAUCUUUACCCACUUUGUUUCUAGCUUUUCCUGUGGCUUGGCUGGAGCUCUUGCUUCUAACCCAGUUGAUGUGGUACGAACCCGCAUGAUGAACCAGCGGGCCAUCGUGGGAAACGUGGAAAUGUACAAGGGUACUCUGGAUGGCCUACUGAAGACUUGGAAGAGUGAGGGCUUCUUUGCCCUGUAUAAGGGAUUUUGGCCAAACUGGCUCCGCCUGGGCCCCUGGAACAUUAUUUUUUUUAUUACCUAUGAGCAGCUUAAGAGGCUUACCUUCUAAAGGCAAGCGAUGCUGUUCAUGGUAGCUCAGAUGUGUGUGAGCCCAGCGCUGCCAACCCCACUACCAUUUUCUCCUGCCCCCUGUGUCUUGGUGCACUUUUGACAAGAACCUAUGUAUCUGCUGAGCACGUGGUUCCCGAGGGGAUCCUGGAUGAAGAGGACCUGGAUGGCGCAAAGGAUUUGGAGUUGUGUUAUGUGUUUGUGUUUUCAUGUGGUUGGCUUUUCCAUGAAGUGAAGUGUCAAAAGUGAGACUCUCUGGCCCCAGACUGGUGUCUUCUGUGAAGAUGGAUGCUAACAGGGGAUUUCAAAAUUGACCUUCCUCCCAAGUUGGGUCCAAAUGCAGUUAGGUAGCCCCUGCCUUGGGGUAGAGCAGAAGGCAGAGGCCAGGGAAGUUCCUGCUGUUGUAGUCUUGCAGACCUUGUUUCUCAUUAAAGUAUUUAUU